AUGGCGCCGCUAGUGAGUAUGGAAGACUUCAUAGAAAAACAACUUCGACCUGGUUCAACCUUGAAUAUUUUGGGUCAGGUUGCUUUUGUUGCACGGGAGCAACUCAAGCAAAGGAGGAAGGAGAAAAGUAUUAAAGUCAAAACUCAGAUGGGUAGUAGUACUAGUAGUACCCCCAAGGUUAAAGAGCCCAAUUAUGUAGCUGAAACAUAUUCCAAAGAGACGGAUGCUGAUAUGAACAAAAGAAAGAGUCGAGAGGUCGACGAUGUUGAUCAUCAUGACAAGGGUUUUCAAUUGAAACAACGGAAGACAAUUUUUUUGCACGAGGAAUUUGGUACUACCUCCAAGACUAAAGAACCAAAUUCAUCAAUGGGUAAAGAAUUUGAGGCGGAUGCUUUAUACUCGGUUGGCACAAUAAGGAGAGACAGGUCUUUCCUUAGGACAAAUUAUAUAACGAGCUCUGAUUCAGGGUUUCAGGAAAAAAAUGGGUUGACAAAGAAGAAGAGUAUCGAUGGUGGUGAGGAUGGUAAAGCUUGGAGUUUGAAGCCCAAGCCGAAGAAUAUGAAGAUUAAGAAGGAAAAGGGGUUGGGAUUCAAGAGGCCUAAGGAGCAUAUGAGAGCACCAAGAUAUAGUACUGAUCCUAAUGACUUGCCUGAAGACUUGAAAAGGAAGAUUGGAACUUUGGAAGGUAUUGAAAGUUUUGAAAAGGCUAAGAUGACUAUGGUGAUAGAGAAGCGUCUGUUCGAGACUGAUCUGACUGAUAGCGCAAGCCGAUUGUCAAUGCCUCUGAAACAAAUCAAACCGGAGAGUUUCUUGGACGAGGAUGAGAUAAAGUUUCUUGCAUCUCAACAAGACUGGCCGGUUUCGGUUAUAAGUCCCGAACUUAAGGACGAAAAUCUAACUUUCAGGCAAUGGAAUAUGAAUAAGAAUAACGGCAACGUUAGCUCAAGUUAUGUGUUGAAAACAGGUUGGAACGAACUUCACAAGAAAAACGGUCUCCAAGUAAAUGAUGUAAUCCAAGUUUGGUCAUUUCGAGAUGUGGGAAACAACCUUCACUUUGCUCUUGUUCUGGUUGAGAAGGCAACAGAGGGCGGUUUAAGUAGUGGUGGUGAUCGGUGCAUGUAG